GCCAAAAGAAUCCUACCAAUCUCACUAAUUUUUUGAAACCCAGUAGGAGGAAAAGACUUUAGCAGCAAAUAUUAAUUCUUGUCAACCAAGCUGGUUCUUCUUCCCUGUACAAAUUUUCUUGCCUUGCAGGACCAUUUCCAUUGUCUCCAAUAAGACUACUACUGCUGGCCAUUUUAUUAUUAUUACCCUCUCUCUCUCUCUCUCUCUCUCUCUCUCUCUCUCUCUCUCUAUGCUUUUCCGUUCAAUCAUUUAUCUCCCCCCUUGAGCAGCAUCCUCCUUUUUUUUAUAUGCCUGAAUGAACUGGCAGCAUCUUUGCUUGGAUUAUAAGUUCCUAUAAAGCACCACCUUUUUUUAUUGCUUUUGGCUUUCCAAUUCUCAAGAAUCAUUAGAGGUUUUAUAACUUGUGCUUAAUCGGUGACAAGUUUUGCCAAAAUGGGAAGACAACCUUGCUGUGAUAAGAUUGGACUAAAAAGAGGUCCAUGGACUAUUGAGGAAGAUCACAAGCUCAUGAACUUUAUCCUCAAUAAUGGUAUCCAUUGCUGGCGAAUGGUUCCUAAGCUUGCAGGUUUGCUACGAUGUGGAAAGAGCUGUAGACUGAGAUGGAUUAAUUAUCUGAGGCCUGAUCUUAAGAGAGGAAGCUUUACAGAAAUGGAAGAGAAUCAAAUUAUUCAGCUUCACUCGCGUCUCGGCAAUAGGUGGUCCAAGAUUGCUUCUCAUUUCCCUGGUCGUACAGACAAUGAAAUCAAGAACCAUUGGAAUACUCGAAUCAAGAAGAAGCUAAAGCAACUGGGUUUAGACCCUGUGACUCACAAGCCUAUUGAACAAAAAGAAAUGGGUACUAGUAGUGGCGUGAAUAAUGAGACAAUUCCUGAGUAUAAUUCGUCGACCGGAAGAGAGGAAAACGUCGAGGUUAAGUCACAGGAUGAUCAAGCCAAGAGUGAGUUGAUAAUAAAAAAAGAUGAAGAGAAAAGAAGUGGGAAAGAUGAGACAGUGUCAAUGGAUGAAACAUCUGAUCUUUUGAGCAAUUAUGAAAUGUUAUGUGGAAGCAUGGAUCUGGGGUCAUGGACUAACCAGCUAGAAACCAAUACUACUACUUAUAGUUCUUCAUUGUCUGCAGAUGAGUCCAAUAACCCUUCAAUUGGUGAGUCUCCUUCAGUUCAAGACAUGGAUUCUAUUCUUUCAUGGGAAAGCUUCAAUCAUCUAGUUGAUGAUAUUUUAUUCGUGGAAAAUAUCCAGUGUAACAUACCUGCUGAUUCUGUUUCCAAGUAUUGUUAAUUUCAUGAAACGUUUAAAAAAAAAAAUUAACCAAAUGAUGAUUGUGACUGAGUGCUACACGCAUGGCCUCUGAUAUUAAUCAACUUUGAUGUGUUUGUUUUUUUUU